GUCGUCAACACGAUUCACUUCCUGCUAGGAGCGGAUUACGUUCUUACGCUUUCCUUUCAGUAUCGUUUACAGAGAAAUCUAAUUUUCCACACGGCGCGGCUCCACAAGACUAAACAAGCAAAUAACCAGUUGUUUAACGAUCCGCCCCGGGGUGAGCCUUCCACCUUCGUGAUGUCGGUGGUGCUUCAGAGCAACUCAGGCUGGGUUCUGGACUCCCAGUCGCUCAUUGACCGAGGCUACACGAGGUGCAUCACAUGGACAGGGCAUCAGAAACCACAUGUCAAGUGCAAUUUUAAAAGACAAUGCUUUCACAUAUUAAAGAGUCAUUCCAACAUGAGUGGGAGAGUUGAUGGAGGACACACUGUUAUGGCGCAGAAAACAGAGAAAUCCGCAAAGAAGCGGAAACGAAAACACGGUGAGCUCAACCAAGGAGAAAUUGAUGCAAAGGCUUUCCAUGAAAAGAUCAGGAGCAUUAUUCUGGAAGGAACCAAGGCCUUAGUGGACUCUGCCCAGUCACUUGGAUACCUGAGUGGAGAGACAGAAACAUCCCAAGAUCCUCUUCCCUCCCAGGACUGCAGACUAGCAGCACUCUGCGAGAUAGCUAAAGAGCUUCCUCUGGUGGCCGAUGAAGAGCAGGAGUGGACACAGUCACUUCUGACGGAGGAAGGCGGUGCUUCACAUGUCGACCUGUUCUCCCAGGUGACGGAGAACAGCCAGGCCUGGGCAGCAGUGGUUCCACUGAUAGGAGAGGAGUAUAUAAUACCUCCUAACACUGCAUUCCUCCUCUCUGAUUUCACAAGAAUACAACCACUGGUACAAUGUGGGAGGAGAUUUGAUGUCAUCGUCAUUGAUCCACCUUGGGAAAACAAGUCUGUGAAAAGAAGUCGCAGAUACAGCUCUUUGCCUUCAUCCCAGCUGAAACGCCUUCCUGUCCCCCUCCUGGGAUCUCCUGGCUGCUUGGUGGUCACCUGGGUAACAAACAGGCCCAGCCACCUCCGAUUUGUCCGUGACGAGCUGUACCCACACUGGGGUGUAGAAGUUGUUGCUGAAUGGUUCUGGGUCAAGGUCACCACAUCGGGGGAGUUUGUGUUUCCUCUAGAUUCACCACACAAGAAGCCAUAUGAAGUGCUGGUGCUGGGUCGGUAUCGUCCUGCCAACGACCACACGAGCCCUUUACAAACCGCAAACGUUCCAGUUGAAGAUAAACGUUUGAUUGUGAGCGUCCCCUCGGCCUUGCACUCCCAGAAGCCAUCACUGUCAGAGGUUCUGAAGUUGUAUGUUGGAGCUGAAGCCAAGUGUUUGGAGCUGUUUGCACGGAGUCUUCAGCCCGGGUGGACCAGCUGGGGAAACGAGGUGCUGAAAUUUCAGCACAUCAGCUACUUCAACCUGGAACCUGCAGAUACCUCUAAAGCCGUGGCCACAGAAGACACUGCGGACAACCCUGCAGAAACAUGACUGCAGAUAUCCUGUGAAAAGUGACUGUCUUACUGCAUCCAGCCUUACUAGUAACUGAGCAAAUGACCGAAGUUCAACACCUGUCGGCUGUUUUUUUUCCCUUUAACUUUGUUUUUAAUAAAGAUUUUGCUGCUCCUGCA